ACAAAACAAUCAAAGCUUCUCUCACUGAUUGACCAAAAAAAAAAAAAAAAAAAAAGCUUCUCUCACUGUCACUGGUUCUCUGCCAUGGCUACUGACACUGAUGCAGCUUCUUCUUCCAUGGUGAACCGCGUUGACGUUUUCUGGCAUGAAGGGAUGCUCAACCAUGACACUGGUCAUGGAGUGUUUGACUCAGGAAUCAACCCAGGCUUCUUGGACGUGUUGGAGAAACAUCCUGAAAACUCUGACAGGGUCAAGAACAUGGUCUCCAUCCUCAAAAGAGGUCCCAUUUCCCCUUACAUUUCCUGGAACAUUGGAAGAUCUGCUCUAAUCCAUGAACUCCAUUCUUUUCACUCUCCUGAAUAUGUAAAUGAACUGGUAGAAGCUGAUAAAGAAGGGGGAAAGACCCUUUGUUCUGGCACAUUCUUGAACCCUGGGUCAUGGGAUGCUGCACUUCUUGCUGCUGGAACUACAUUAUCUUCAAUGAAGCAUUUACUUGAUGGGAAUGGAAAAGUUGCUUAUGCCUUGGUCAGGCCCCCUGGUCACCAUGCUCAGCCUUCUCAGGCUGAUGGCUACUGUUUCCUUAACAAUGCUGGUCUAGCAGUGCAGUUGGCUUUAGAUUCCGGGUGCAAAAAGGUUGCGGUUAUAGAUAUUGAUGUUCAUUAUGGAAAUGGCACGGCCGAGGGAUUUUAUCGGUCUGAUAAAGUUCUCACUAUCUCUCUCCAUAUGAACCAUGGGUCUUGGGGUCCAUCUCAUCCUCAAAGUGGAUCUGUUGAUGAGCUAGGUGAAGGAGAAGGUUAUGGGUAUAACUUGAACAUACCUCUACCAAACGGAACUGGGGACAAGGGAUAUGUAUAUGCUUUCAAUGAGUUGGUCGUUCCAUCAAUCCAAAAGUUUGGACCUGAUAUCAUAGUUUUGGUUAUUGGACAGGACUCAAGUGCAUUUGAUCCAAAUGGAAGGCAAUGCUUAACAAUGGAGGGCUACAGAGAAAUUGGGCGAAUAGUUCAUGGUCUUGCAGCAAAGCACAGUGAUGGACGCCUUCUAAUUGUCCAGGAAGGUGGAUAUCAUGUCACGUAUUCAGCAUAUUGUUUGCAUGCAACACUUGAGGGCGUUCUCAACCUUCCAUUACCUCUACUACCUGAUCCUAUUGCUUAUUAUCCAGAGGACGAGACAUUUCCUGUCAAAGUUAUAGAAGCCAUUAAAAAUUAUAUGAAAGAUGAAGUGCAUUUGUGGAAAGCAGCUUAGCUUAUGAGAUACUGCCUCCAAAUCCUUAUGUCCUGUUUGAACCUUUGAUAAAUUUAUAGUCAUAGGAAAUGAGCUCAUAUGCAGAGUCAGUGUGUAAAAGAUUAAAUCAUUUUACGUAAGAACGGUUGUCUUGAAGGAUGCCUCUUUUUUGGUCCAAAAGAGGUCCCUCUUUGAUGGUUGAUGUAUGUUUUUGGGUAGGGGUGUAAGAGGGUAUGGUCCAAUGAGAGAAACCGGUGAACCCGACCCAACCCGGUCACUUUUGGGUGGUUAGGUUCGAUUGAUGGGUCAGCUUGGAUUUUUUAUAGGGACCUGAGAUUGUUUGGUUCGGUUCUCGAGUUAGGAAAGGUGACAUCCGAUUGCACCCAAACUAAUCGACUAGUGUAGCCCCAACACUAAAAAGCCUAACUUUCAAAGGGAGGGCUUUUAUUGGACUUUCACAUAAAAAUAAAAGAGAUUGAAAUGGUUAA